CUUUGUUUUGUCUGCAAAUAAAUAGGAGCAGAACUCCCUCUGCUCAUCACAGCCUUCUUCAAGAAUACUUCUGUACUCACGAGUGGACGGACAGGAAAGCCUAAUUCAAAAUGAAGCUCCUUCUACUUGCAGCCUGCAUCAUUGGGAUGGCUUUCAGUGCUCCUCCUCAGAAGUACAUGGAGUUUGACAUCCACCAUGCUCCUCCUCAGGCAGCCCAAGCGAUCCCUGCUGGAGCCCCAGUGGGGUCCCUGGAAGUUCUGCUCCCAGUUAACGACCAGAGGCAGGUUGUUGGAGGACCGGUCCAAGGGUUCAUCAAGCAGGAGAUCCCCCGGGCGAAUGGCAAAGAUGACGAGAUCUACUACCCCUUUGGGUUCAACCUGCCAGAUCCAGCUGCAGCUGCCCCAGCUGCAGCUGCACCUGCUGCCCCAGCUGCAGCUGCCCCUGUAGCUCCAGCAGCUCCAGCUGCCCCUGUUGAGCACGUUGUUAUCGUUGCUGAACCCGUUGCCAAACCCAGUGAUGAUGACGAGGAAGACGACUAAAAAGGUCUGAGUCAGCAACAGUUGUGCUCGGGUGUGCAGAAAGAGGUGAGGAGACCAGCAACCAGCCCAGAUAAAUGAUAACCAGCCAAUGGUGCUGCAUCUUGAAGCUCAUGAUGAAUUUGGUGCAAACUCCAGUCCAGACGGUGCUACCUUCUUUUCCACAACAAAAUGAAAAAUGUGAUGCAACACUUGCAAUGAAAUUAGUGGCAUGCUGUGAAAUAUGCUUUAUUUUCCAAUAUCUUUGCAUGUGACUUUCUCAUUGGUAAGCUCAGAUAAUACAUUAAAUGAAUGCAUUAAUCA